CUAGUGCUUGUUCCUCGUGUUUUUUUUUUUAUUGUCUGUUCAGAAACCAAACCCUCUUCAUGCUUGUUCUUUGAUGGUUAGUGAUCGUCGUUUUUUAAUACUCACUAUUGGUGUUUUGUUUUUCAUUUGUUGAUGAUUAUUGAUUAAGUGAUGUGUUGCUGUUUUGUUUUUUUACUUUGUGCUUGAGUUAAUUGGAUGCUCUGUCAGUGCUUAGUGCUUGUUCUUGGUUGAUUGGCUUUGCUCACUACUCUGGCUUGUUCUAGCCUAUUCUUGAUUAAUUAACUCUGUUAGUGGCUUAUUGAUUGAUGCCAAAUUGGUACUGGUAAAAAGUUACUGGCUUGUUCUUGGCUUUUUUGUCUGUUGUUAAGUUUCUUGAUUUUGUGCUCAUUACCUCAUUCAGUGCCUUUUUUUAUUGUUAAUCAUUGUGCUGAGCUUGUUAAUCAGUGGCUUAUUGAUUGAUGCUAAAUUGGCACUGAUAAACUGUUACUGGCUUGUUCUUGGCUUUUUUAUCUGUUGUUAAAUUUUGUUAAAGUUUCUUGAUUUUGUGCUCAUUACCUCAUUUAGGGCUUUUUUUUGUUGUUAAUCAUUGUGCUGAGCUUGUUAAAAUUGGGUUAAAAACUUUGUUGCUAAUGGUGGAAAUUUGUAUAUUGUUGAAUGCUGUAGGCAGAAUUUGAAUGUCUCUGAAGUACUUGGAUUAUUGAAUUUGAAUGUCUCUGAAGUCUGAAGUAGUGAUUUGUGAUUUUGAAUAUCUCUGAUUACUUGAUUAUUGAUUUGUGUUUUGAAUCUGAAAUUUGUGAUAAUGUUUAUUGAAAUUUUGUACAUUUUCAUUGCUAAACUCUUCAACUAUGGAUUGUAUUAUAUGCUGCUAGAUUUGAACUCAUCAAAGUUCCCUGAAUUUAAGUUCUCCUUCGGAGGCACAUAUUCAAUUACCAGUGGAUUGAUAAACAAUCCUGCAUCACUUGGUAAACAUGCAUCUGCCUCUAGCUAAUUCAAUAUAAAUAGUGAAUUUAUUUAUUUUUUUAAUUCUUUACUAAUUCUUUUGUGCUAUAAGUGAUUUGUACAUAUCAUAGUAAAAUAAAAAAUAACAUUAGUUACAAUUGUUUAUUGAAAAUGUGCAAACUUAAGUCAUGAAAGUUGUUUGUAUAAUGUGAGAUCUCAAUGAAUAAGCAGCUUUGCAUUGUAUUCAAUGAUUAUUUGAACCUUCAGUGUUGUCUUCUUAUCUAUUUUUAUGCUAUUAAUUCAUCUCUACAUGUUGCUUGACGUAUUCUAAAAUCGAUCGAAAGGUACUGUUAUAUCAUGUCUUACCUAUUUGUCAAAUAUAUUAGUAUAUUAUUGUAAUAUUAAUGUAUUUAUGUGAUUAAUUCCUAUAUUAAGGAGAUGGAUUCACCAUUAGUAUUACAAGGUUUGUUCAAUUUGUUUGAUCUUUUUUAAUUCUUUACAUUAGGAAAGAGAUGAAAGAUAUAUUCUUGGCUGAAUGACAUAGUUGUUAUGAGACAAAAAAUAGGUUGAGUUAUAUUUUAGGAUGUUUAUUUAUAAUUUAUUUAUUAUUAUAUUCUAAAAUGGUUUUUUCGGUUGAACCAUCGGUUGGACCGGUUGGACCAGUGAACCAGUAAACCAAUGACUAGAGUGGUUUGAUGACCGGUCCGGUUUUCUGAACCUUGAUUACUAUUGAUAAAUAAUAAAUUAGAGAAUUUGAUAGAAAUUACCAAAAAUUCUAUUACUGCUUGAUUUUGUUUUCAUAUCAGUGGUGUGCUUCAAAAUAGUCGCGUUCUCUUCACUGCGGCAAGAAGCACAAUUUCCAUUUGUCCGUGUUCGUUCAAAAGUGCUGUGAAAAAAAUGCGCCAUUCAUAUUUCUCCUAUGUUAGAAAUCUAACCCGAUUCCGUUCACGUUCACGUUCUGCUGCAUACUCUUCCUUCUUUUCGGAAUUCGAUGGAGAUUCUACACUCGCAAGCCUCAAGCUUAAACAAUCCCCUGCUUCAGAUGAUUCUUCUAAUGUGGCGUUUAAGAAGAUUUCUUCUAUUUACUACGGUGAUAGUAUCUCGGUGAAGAAACCCAUGUCUAAGAGAAAUGAUAAUGCAAAAGAGUCCCAAAGUCAGCCAGGUAUAUCAUGGCUCUCAAACAUAUAUAACAAUAAUUUAUUGUUACAACGGAAAGGACAUUCUCGCAAAAAGAAACAGAGACACUUGUUUGAAUUUUCCCAAGAGAACCGUUUUAAUAAGUUGGUUAGAAUUUGUGCAAAGGUACUUGGGCCGGAGGCUACCAUUGCAUUGUUUGGUAAAGUUGGACGAGAUCCAGGGAUCAAAGGGUACAACGCACUGAUAGAAAUGUGCAUAGAAAAGGCUAGGGAAAGUAGUGACGAAGACAUAGUGAUAGAAGAGUUGGGGAAGGUUUUCCAUCUUUUUAAAUUGAUGGGUGAACGAGGAUUUCGGCUAGAAGAGCAAUCAUAUCGUCCACUUCUUUUGUAUACUAUUGACAUGUGUAUGGUUGAAGAGUUUCAUUUUUUCUGUGAUGCUAUCAAAGACCAGAAUGCCAGUUUAAUUACCAGACUCGGUUACUACGAAAUGAUGUUGUGGUUAAGAGUUAAUAAUGAAGAAAAGAUUCAAGAAAUCUGUAAUCUCAUUGCAGAGAAUGAUGGUGAAGAAAUUUCUGAUUUACGAGAAAAUUAUUUAUUGGCUCUUUGUGAGAGUGAGCGGAAGAAGGAGAUAUUGGAGCUAUUGGAAAUCAUAAACAUAAAAAAGCUUUCAUCUGUAGAAUCUGUAGAAAAGAUAUUUCAGGCAUUAGGAAGGCAUCAAUUGGAACCUGUUGCGGAGAACUUCCUUUUGGACUUCAAAACAAGUGAUUAUGAAACAAAUAAUAUUACAAACUUCAUUGCAAGUUAUGCUGUUAGCAUCCCAAAUUUAUCGGUUGAGAAUGUCAUUACAAAAUUCAAGGAUUUGCACCAAACACUUGAAGUGUCACCUUCAUCCUCAUCAUAUGAGAAGCUAAUUUUACAUAGCUGUACGUUGCGCGAGGUGCGUGUAGCUCUUGAUAUUGUUGAUGAAAUGUGUGAAGGGGGCUUGACUUUAUCAAAUGAGAUGUUACAGUCCAUAUUACAAACUUGUGAGGAAACAUCUGAAUAUAAUUUGGUUCAUCGGAUCUUCUCUACAAUAUGCCAGUACAAUCUGGAGACAAAUGAUAAGACAUUCAGAUGUAUGAUAGACUUGUUCUUGAAGAUGAAAGACCUUGAAGGUGCAUAUAGAAUGCUCGAUGAAAUGGGGGAACUGAAUUUGAAACCAUCAGCUAGCAUGUACAAUACCAUAAUGGCAGAAUGUUUUAGAGAGAAAAACACGAGUGAUGGGGUCAGGGUCCUUGAGCACAUGCAGAAUGCUGAUGUAAUGCCUGAUUCAGAGACUUUUAGCUACCUGAUUAGCAACUCUGAAACUGAAGAGGAUAUAGUUAUGUAUUAUAAAGAACUGAAGGAAUCUGGAAUCAAACCUACAAAGCAAAUUUUCAUGGCCCUUAUAAAUGCUUAUGCUGCUUGUGGACAGUUGGAGAAAGCAAAACAGGUAGUGUUAGAUCCAUUGAUACCACAGAAGAACUUGAACCAAAUCAAGUAUGUGCUUGUUUCAGUUCUUGCAGCACAUGGGCAACUGUCUGAAGCUAUUCAUUAUUACGAGGAAAUCAAGAAAGCUGGACAUAAUUUGGAGCCAAAAGAUGUUAUGAAUCUCAUUGAGAAGACUCGGUCCGAUGUAGAGCUGGACAGGUUGCUUCUUCUACUUGAGGAAUUAAAUGAUACAGAUUAUUGGAAUGGAGCUUGCUGCAGAAUCAUCUUGUAUUGUAUUUGGAACAAGGAUAUAAGUUCUGCUGUCAACUUGUGUAAGCUCCUCAAGAAUAAGUACCAAAGCGACGAACUGGUUACAGAAGUUCUCUGCGAUAAGCACCACAGCAAUGAAUUGGUUAUGAAAGUUCUCUUUGAUAAGGUGUUCUCUCUCAUCAACGGGUCAGAGUCGAGCCAUUUGCAAGCGAGCCUUGAACUGCUUUCUGAAAUCAAGGAUAAGCUAGGCCUUGUGCCUCCAAAGGAAUAUCAUGAUUCUCUGCUAAGUGCUCAUGCCAAAACCUCUGAAUUACAUAAUGCUAACUGAACAAAACAUUGAGCUAAACUAAGAAGGGUGAGUAGGUGAAGUACUCUUCAGUCUUCACUUGACUUCCUAUUAAUAGGGGCAUUAUAUCCAAAUGUGUACAAAUAACUCACAAAAUUUGGGGUUGAGGUGAUAGAUAGGUAGGUCUUUUCUAAAAGGGCUGUUCGAGAAUUCAAACAUCUGAUAUUGCAGCUAAAGUAGGCAUGAAGUUGCGGUGUACUAACAUUUUUCUCUCUUUUCUUUGUUAAUAUAAUAUCAGAAAAAUAUUAAUCAUACUA